AGCUGAUUAUCCAAACAAGUCAUGGCGGAGAAGGGAGCUGAAGCAUCCGCGAAACCUGCACUGACAGCGGCGGAGCAGCAGCUCUUCCAGCGCCGACAGGAUCUCGACUACUGGAAGAAGAACGCAGCGCGGCUCCGCGGCCGGAACCUGCUGACCGGCCUCGCGAUCGGGGCGUUUGUGGUCGGCUUGUUUAGCUACACCAUCCUGUCCGUCAAACAGGAGAGAAUCGUGGAGGAGCUGGACGAGGAAGUCAAGAUCAACCACAUCAGAGGGCCAAGAACCAGCGCCAACUCCUGAUGAGGCUGACCACGAGCCUGGACCCACACUGCUCCCCGGGCCCUUAUGCGUGUCCUCCGUAGAGCGCGUGGUGACAUCACACCGGCUGUAAUGAGUCAUGUCCGCUGAGCUUCUCGUACUGAAGGGUGAAACCUUGCACAUUUUCAACCUGGUCUGUCGCCGGUAACACGCAGGGAAGCAGUGAAAGGUUCCUUUGCCAAUAGCAUCCAUAUCGCAACGAUACCAAGCCGGUUGAAAAUGGGCCACUCUUCAUCACAAAUUCAUAUAAGGACAUUACAAAUGUUUUCUUUGUUCCUUUUCUGUUUUGAAAUACAAACAAAACUAUUGUUGAAAUUGUUGAAUUAUUUUCUGCAUUAAUAUAAACUUACUCUGAAUAAAGUGUUGCCUCGAAAACAGGGAGAAAAAUAAUUUUGCAGAUCCAUAAUUUCUAAAUACAUUCCUCAUAUUUUCUGACAUUUCUUUAAAGAAUUGUUUGUCAUUAAUUAUAAGGGGAAAAUAAAGUGAUUGUUCAUUUGA